UUCCCCCCUCCGCCGCGCCGAGAGUGGUAGGAGCCGAGCUGGGAAAGCCUGGAGCAUGCGCAGCGCCGGGCGGCAGAAAGACCGGGGAGGACGUUGAAGGGAGCGGGAGCAGGCGGCGGCGGCAGAGAAAAUGGCGUCGACGGAUUAUAGUACCUACACCCAAGCAGCAGCCCAGCAGGGCUAUACUGCAUAUGCAGCUCAGCCAGCUCAAGGAUAUGCGCAGACCACCCAGCAGGCCUAUGGGCAACAAAGUUACGGAACGUAUGGACAACCCACUGAUGUCAACUACACCCAGGCCCAAACAACUGCUACUUAUGGGCAGACUGCAUAUGCAAGUUCUUAUGGGCAGCCUCCAACUGUAGAAGGGACCAGUACAGGCUAUACUGCCCCAGCUGCCCCCCAGGCUUAUAGCCAGCCGGUCCAAGGAUAUGGCACUGCGGCUUAUGAUACCACCACAGCCACAGUGACGACCACCCAGGCUUCUUACGCUGCCCCAUCUGCUUAUGGCACCCAGCCUGCCUAUCCCACCUAUGGGCAGCAGCCAGCAACAACUGCACCUGCAAGACCCCAGGAUGGCACCAAGCCUGCAGAGACUAGCCAGCCCCAAACAAGUACAACCGGCUACAGCCAGCCCAGUCUAGGAUAUGGCCAGAGCAAUUACAGUUACCAGGUACCUGGCAGUUAUCCUAUGCAGCCAGUUACUGCACCUCCAUCUUAUCCUCCUACCAGUUACUCCUCUUCACAGCCAAGUAGCUAUGAUCAGAGCACUUACUCUCAGCAGAGCGGCUACGGGCAGCAGAGCAGCUAUGGGCAGCAGAGUGGCUACGGGCAGCAGAGCAGCUAUGGGCAGCAGCCCCCCACUAGCUACCCCCCUCCAACUGGAUCCUACAGCCAAACCCCAAGCCAGUACAGCCAGCAGAGCAGCAGCUAUGGCCAACAAAGUUCAUUCCGUCAAGACCAUCCCAGCAGCAUGGGUGUGUAUGGCCAGGACUCUGGAGGCUUUUCAGGCCCAGGAGAAAACCGGAGCAUGAGCGGCCCUGAUAACCGGGGCAGGGGGCGAGGGGGAUUUGACCGUGGAGGCGUGAGCAGAGGUGGGCGGGGAGGAGGAGGCCGCGGCGGCGGAAUGGGCAGCGCUGGAGAGCGAGGUGGCUUCAAUAAGCCUGGUGGACAUUUGGAUGAAGGACCAGAUCUUGAUUUAGGCCCACCUUUAGACCUAGAUGAUGAUGCUGACAACAGCUCAGUAUACGUACAGGGGUUGACUGACAAUGUGACUCUUGAGGAGCUGACGGACUUCUUCAAACAAUGUGGCGUUGUCAAGAUGAACAAAAGAACUGGACAGCCCAUGAUAACGAUCUACCUUGACAAGGAUACAGGAAAGCCCAAAGGAGAUGCGACUGUGUGCUAUGAUGACCCACCAACUGCCAAAGCGGCCGUGGAGUGGCUGGAUGGCAAAGACUUCCAGGGCAGCAAACUCAAGGUGUCUCUCGCUCGGAAGAAGAUGCCAGUGAACAGCAUGCGCGGAGGGAUGCCCCCCCGCGAGCCCCGUGGCAUGCCUCCCCCUCUCCGUGGAGGUCCUGGGGGGCCAGGUGGUCCUGGUGGCCCCAUGGGUCGUAUGGGGGGCAGAGGUGGUGGCGACCGGGGUGGUGGCUUUGCCCCAAGAGGACCUCGCGGAUCGAGAGGAAAUCCCUCAGGUGGAGGAAAUGUCCAGCACCGAGCAGGAGACUGGCAGUGCCCCAACCCGGGAUGUGGCAACCAGAACUUUGCCUGGAGAACAGAAUGCAACCAGUGCAAGGCUCCCAAACCAGAAGGCUUCCUUCCCCCACCCUUCCCGCCGCCAGGUCCUGGAUUCUUGCUUGGAAAACCGCUGCCACUUAGAGGGCUCAUAUACGGGACAAAUAGUGGUGGUGACCGUGCCAGGGGCGGCCCCGGUGGCAUGAGAGGGGGCCGAGGGGGCCUCAUGGAUCGCGGAGGCCCCGGAGGGAUGUUCCGAGGAGGCCGGGGCGGAGACCGAGGCGGAUUCCGAGGAGGCCGGGGCAUGGAUCGCGGAGGCUUUGGAGGGGGCCGCAGAGGAGGACCUGGGGGCCCACCUGGACCCCUCAUGGAGCAAAUGGGAGGCCGAGGCGGCCGGCGUGGAGGACCAGGAAAAAUGGACAAGGGAGAACAUCGCCAGGAGCGCAGAGACCGGCCCUACUAGUGGCGGAUGACACCCCUCCCCUCCCCCUGCAGGACUGCAUUUACUACCAGAUUUAUUUUUUAAACCAGAAAAUGUUUUAAAUUUAUAAUUCCAUAUUUAUAAUGUUGACCACAACAUUAUGAUUAUUCCUUGUCUGUACUUAGUAUUUUUCACCAUUUGUGGAGAAACAUUAAAACAAAGUUAAAUGGUAGUGUGCCGAGUUAUUCUUUUUUCUUUUUUCCUUUUAAAAAAUGGUUGUUUAACUAAGAACCAAUGAGAAACCGUUGUUGUGAGCAUGCUCAGUAAAUCUUGUGUGAAAGACCAGGAGGAAGGAAACUAACUGUAACAAUGUUAAUGGUUGUGAUGUUUUUUAAUAAACUUCCAAAUGUUUAUAAAUGCAACACCUCUUAGCAUGUCUUCAGUCGCACUCCCAUUGGAGCUGCCUUCAGGGUCUCACAGUGUGUGGUGGUUUUGGGGGCUCACCAAGGAGCUCUGCGUGACUCCGAGGUUUGCAAAGCCCCCAGGCACUGUGAGCAGAGGCGGAGCAGGACAGGCUGAAGCAAAGCUGGGAUAAAGGUACGGCCCUGCACCUGCAGGAUGAAUUGCAGAAUGUGUUGUGGAAGCUGUGUUGGUUUCUUGCAUUCAGAGGCUGGAAUUGUUUCAAAAUUGUCAUGCGUCCAUACUGAAAUAAAAGCACAUUGCUGGGCUUGUGA